AUGGCCAGCAUUUUAACGGAUAUUUGCCAAAAACUAUUGAUUUUUAUAUUACUUAAUGGCAUCUGUAUUGAAGAUUGUCAGUCCUUAAGAAUAAUUAAUUUAGAAGUUCCGUUGGCCGUUGCAAAGGGACAGUCGGUUAUACUUUUUUGUAACUAUGAUCUGGAAGGGGAUGAACUGUAUUCUGUUAAGUACUAUAAAGAUUACGUUGAGUUUUAUCGUUAUUUGCCGACCGACGACCCCCGACCCGGACAGAAGUUUAAGCUCAACGGCGCUUAUGUUGACAUUACUCGAUCCAAUGCAACCCAUGCUUUUCUAUCGUAUACUGAUUUGAACUCUGACGGAAUGUACGCCUGCGAAGUAAGCACUGAAGGUCCGUCCUUCGCGACCAUUAGAAGUGAGAGACUAAUGAAAGUUUACGCACUGCCCGUCGAAAGUCUGCGGAUUGUUGGCAAAGAAGUUGAGUACGACGUUAACGACAAGAUUAAUAUGAGCUGUAAGUCGGGCUCUGGUAGACCUCUUCCUCAUCUGCAAUGGCUUAUCAAUGAUAAUACGGUGAGACUUGUCAGACAAAACGCACUUCAAAACCAUUUAUCAAAAGCCAUUAAUCCUAAACAUCCAGCAUCGAGUGAUCAGUUAAUCUCAUAUAAAACCAAAACAAGCGUUGAUGGCUUACAAAGCAGUCAAUUAGGUCUGACCUUUCGGGCCACUCCUAAYUAUUUUCAUCGGGGAGUCCUUAGGUUGAGGUGUACCGCAACACUAACACUUCUCUAUGAUUUUGAAGCCAUUGAAUAUGUGGUUAGCGGAGGCACCGCUAGAAAUAAAACAUAUCUGUCCAACCAAUUUGCCAAUAAAGACUGGUCAUUACAAUCGGAUAAUAAAGAUACGCCAAUAAUUUUAGGCGUUCAACAAAAAUAUAAUGUCAACGAUGUGUUGGCCGUCAAUUGUUCAAGUGUUGCACAGGGAGCUCAACUUAAAUGGCUUAUUAAUGACCAACAAGUCAAUUCAAGUCAAACGAUACGAUAUAAUAGCGACAAAUCGGGUAAAUCAGUAUUGGGUUUGACAUUUAUGAUGGAAGUCCAACACUUUCAGCUACAAGAGCUAAAGCUGUCGUGUGUGGCUCAACACAGUCGUACAAUUGCCCACUACUCAGAUGAUGUGGUCAUCAGAACCAUGAACCAGGAGCUCAUGGAAGCCCAGAGCAAUGUUGGUGUUCAUAGUAAUGCAUACAUUGACAAAAUCUGUGGCCUUACCUACACUUUGGCGGCAAUUCUGUUAUUUUCUAUGCAAAACAUCUGUAUCUCUAAUAAUUUGUUCUCAAUAAUGGAUUAUAUAUAG